CUCGUGAAGUAGACUGCAUAGCAAUUGCAGGAUGUGAUCACACAUGACUGCUGCAGUGUUUACCUGUGCAUGGAGAGGGGGUAUUUUAGCUGACGAUAUUAAAAGGGAAACAAAAUAGACAGAAUGGCAGUGCUUGUGUUAUUGCUGCAGCUUGUACUGUAAUGUAAUCUAUUGCUUGGAGCCUGUGCCACUCUCAUUUUCACUUUUGUUUUUGAAGGCGAGGGACGUAGGUUUAAAUUAUAUGCAUGCGUGUAUACUUUUCGACUACCUCGUAGGUAAGAUUUUUAGAUGUGUUUAUUUAUUUAUUUUUGUUUGUAUUUAUUUACGUCAUGGGACCAGUACUCUGAAUAGUUAAUAGUGCUUUAGCUUAGGUCAAAUUCGAUUUAGGAUUAAAAUUAAAUUUGUUUUUAGCCAAAAAGGGAUCGUAAAUAUUUACAAUGGCCGAUGGCAUUUCGUUGUCGCUGUGUGCCCGUUUGAGUUACUCUGUGGGUCAUUUUCUGAACGACCUGUGCGCUUCGAUGUGGUUUACCUAUCUGCUGGUCUAUUACCACUCGGUGCUGGGGUUUGGUAAUACGGUCGCUGGGGCGCUGCUCCUCGCCGGACAGAUAGCGGACGGGAUCUGCACGCCUCUUGUAGGCUACGAGUCUGACCGGACGCCGGGCUGCAGGAAUUAUGGCAAGAGAAAGUCCUGGCAUCUUGUGGGUACGGUGAGCGUGCUCAUCUCGUUCCCGUUCAUCUUUAACCCGUGUAUGGGCUGUGCUGAGGGCACCCCUCAGUGGGUGGGACUCGUCUACUUCAUCCCCUUCAUCGUUGUCUUCCAGUUCGGCUGGGCGACUACACAGAUCUCCCACCUCUCCCUAAUUCCGGAGCUUGUCACCAAUGACCAGGAGAAGGUGGAGCUCACUGCAUACAGGUACGCUUUCACUGUGGUUGCCAACAUUGCUGUCUAUGGGGUGGCCUGGCUACUGUUUUACUUUCAGGCUGGCCAGACGGGCGACCCAACGCAGGCGGAGAGCCUGGGGAGGCAGGAUAUCCCUAUCUUUAGGAAUCUAGCCCUCAUAGUAAUCGGGCUAGGGUCGGUGUUCUCGUUGCUAUUCCAUAUUGGAACAAAAGAGAAAGAGCGCCCCCUGCCUGCCUCCCCACACCCUGCAGAUGAGCGGCAGCCCCUGAUCACAAGGUCCCAGGACGCUGAGGGACGCUCCCUGCUGCAGUGGAAGCACUGGCUGGUCGAACCUGCCUUCUAUCAGGUGGCGGGGCUGUACAUGUGCACAAGACUAAUUGUCAACCUGUCCCAAACUUACAUAUCUAUGUACCUGACAAACUCGCUCUUCCUGCCCAAGAACUACAUCGCUACGAUCCCCCUGGUGAUGUACGUCAGUGGAUUCAUGUCCUCCUUGAUCAUGAAGCCAGUCAACAAGGGGAUCGGCAGAAACAUGACGUACUUUGUAGGCCUGCUGCUGAUCCUGGCCUUUGCCUGUUGGGUGUUGCUGGACCAUAAGAUGGGGAAGUCGGUGUAUGGAGCCGCCGUGCUGCUGGGUGCUGGGUCAGCCACCAUCUUAGUGACCUCGCUCUCAAUGACUGCCGACCUCAUUGGGAGAAACACUCAAAGUGGUGCCUUUGUGUACGGGGCGAUGAGCUUCACUGACAAAGUGGCCAAUGGAAUAAGUGUGAUGAUAAUUCAGACUCUGCACCCAUGCCACACACAGGUGUGCUGUCCUGCUUGUGUCUGGUUCUACCAUGUCGUCAUGGUGAUUGUUACCGGGGGCGUGGCUGUUGUGGCGACAUUCUAUCUAUGCAGCAUCCUGAUCUGGCCAAUCGGGAUCAGAGUUCGUCAGCCAGCUGUCUCGGGCCUGCUGAGGGCUUCAUCAUCGCUCAGAGAAGACAUUGAAGAUGACCCAAGUGUCAACUAAAGAAAUCGCUCUGGAAACCGUUCUUGGGCAGCGCUGUGCUGUCCCUUUGUUAAUGAUCCCCUUUUCUCUGCUCCAAGCAGGCAGUUUUGCCAAUGUCAUUCUCAGUGUACUGUGCACUACAUUUGGAGAGGGUCUGACCAGUGUGGAGGACCAGUGCUAUAGUGUGUGGACACCAGCUCUGAAGGAAAUUGCUGCCAGGGGAGCCAGAAACCUCAUUUUAAAUGAAUGUUGGUGUAUUUUGAAAAAGACAAAUGUGCUGAUCAUUAAGUCCAAUGUGAAAAAUUUUUUUUUUGGAAUUUUAUUUUGACUGUAAUCCUAAAUCCAAAGGGAGAUUUGUUUGUAAAUGCAAACUAAAUUGGUCUACAUUUUAGAUACAAUUUACUGCCUUCAUCUAAAAGAGAGGCUGUAUACCUGACCUGCCCAAGUGAGCAUCACAUCGUACAGUAAACCCUCCAGAGCUGGUCUUUUUAACACACAAGAUAAACAUGUCUUAGAUAACGCUGAUGACCUUAACAAUGGGUAAGGGCAUUACACCUGUCCUCCACGCUCAGGUGUGUUUUUUUUUCUUUUGUUUAACUUUAAACCUGUCUUAAACAGGCUGUGAGAGUUUUACCGUAGUAAUUCCAGUUGUGAAGUUACCAUGUUGUCUUGUGCACAUCUAUAGCCUGUACUUUGUUUGCAUUUGAGGAUUAAAGGGAAUGUUCUACGGGCUGUCUAGCUGGGGUCAUAUUUUCUAUAGCUUGCCUGCAGAAUCCUAAUUACUGGCUAUUGAAAAGACUUCCUAGCUCCAUUCAAGUCAUGUGACAGUGUGACCUUUCAACUCUGUGGCCACACCUGCCCUCUUUAUAUGUUUUGUAUAGAUUUAAAUACUACAUGCUUUAAGAACCCUAUCUUUUGUUAUCAUAUGGUUACACUACUCUAUCAAGUGUUUUUACUACAAUCAUUUACAGAUAGAAAAGGGAUUCUGUAUUCAAGUGGAAUGAACUAAGAGAUGCACUAAUGUGUAAAAUAAUGUUGUAUAUUAUUGUAAUUCGACCAAUAGUCAUUUAUUGCACAUUCAAUUAAUAUAAAAAGAUGAUAUGAAAAUGGUUACCCUGUUGGUAAUGCAAAAAUAAAAAGAACAUUUUUAAGA